CCCCCAGCUGAUGUGUCCGGUCGUCCCCAGGACGCCCGCCUGGCCGGGGGCUAUGAGAACGUGCCAACAGACGACAUCCACAUGCGGCAGAUCGGGCUGGAGAGCGAGUGGCUGCGGUUCCUGCGGGAAUUCAUCGCGCCCGUCACUGAGAUGCUGUACCCCGGCUACUACACCAAGGCCCAGGCCCUGCUGAAUUUCGUAGUUCGGUACCGGCCGGAACAGCAGCCGGCGCUGAGACCCCACCACGACUCGUCCACCUUCACCAUCAACAUCGCGCUCAACAGCAAGGGUAGCGACUACGAGGGCGGCGGCUGCCGGUUCCUGCGCUACUCCUGCUCUGUGACGGCCCCGCGGAAGGGCUGGAGCCUGAUGCACCCGGGGCGCCUGACCCACUUCCACGAGGGGCUGCCCACCACCCGCGGGACCCGCUACAUCAUGGUCUCCUUCGUCGACCCCUAGCCCCGGCC